GGAUAAAAUCAACAAGAAAUAGCUGACAGUUCUGACACUUUUUCUCUAUGUGCUAUCUCCACAGUUAAACUCCUCCAUUACAUAACACUCAGUUCAAUAUCUAACAUAAAAAACAAAACACAAAAUUUCUUCAAACAAAAUGACUUCAUCCCCGCCACCUUCAUCCAAGAAAAAAAAACUUAACAUCAUCAGCCUCAGAGGCGGUCUUCAUCUAGCCCUCAUCCCCACGAUUCCCGGUCACCACUCCGACGUCCGGCGCCCAGAGAAGAAUCGGCAUAGCCGUUGAUCUCAGCGACGAGAGUGCCUACGCCGUCAAAUGGGCCGUCCAAAACUACCUCCGCCACGCGCGACGCCGUCAUCUUCCUCCACGUCAGACCCACCAGUGUGCUCUACGGAGCUGACUGGGAUCUAUGACGUGUCAAUAACUGACCAAGAUUCUAAUAUGAUCAUAAAAACUGAGGAGGAUUUUGAUUUGUUUACUGUUAGGAAAAUUAAUGAGGUGGCUCAACCGCUUGUGGAGGAGUUGAUACCGUUCAAGAUUCAUAUUGUGAAGGAUCAUGAUAUGAAGGAGCGGCUGUGCGAAAUGGGGAGGAAGUCGGGUGGUUCCGGGCCUGGAUUUGAGGCCAGAACUGUGAGUUUGGAGGUGGAGCAGAUGAAGGACCUAGCGGCUCCGGUGGCAGACAUGACUGUUAAUGUUAAUUGUUACUAGAUUGGGAAUUUGGGGUUUUUUGUAGGGAGGGGAUUUGAGGGUUUAGAUCAGGGCGGCGGCGGCGGUGGACGAAAUAUGGAAGGGAUGGAGGUUAGUCAAAAAAGGAAAUACAAAAGUUAGUAUGAGAUGUAAUAUUUCACCGCUUAAUGACAUUAAAUGUAAUAAAAAAAUUAGCACAGUUGAAAGAUUUUGACAACUUUAGCAAAAAUGUAAAAAAGGCCUGCUAUCAGCCCAUUUGUGUAAUUUUCUCUUAUUUAAUGUUUAAUCAUCAAAUUAUUAGACAGAAUAAAAUCUGUUAUGUG